AUGGGUUUAUCCGGUGCGACUUCGCAUCGUUCUCGCGGUGCGCACGUCGCGCGCGCCGUCGACGACGUCGACGCGGUGCGCACCGCCGUCGACGCCGCGCCCGACCCGGUGGCCGGUGUCGCCUUCGCCGUGGCCACCGCGCUGUUGCUCGUCAUCACGGGUGGGAUGGGAUACGUCGCCCUGAGAGAGGCUUUGGAUAGAAAGGCGGAGUCGGACGCGCGCGCGGAGGAGGAUCGACAGGCGCGGGUGAUCGAGGCGAAUAAGGGGAACGCGCGAUUGCAACAGGCGCAGCGGGUGCGAGGUAAGAAGCUGACGCCGAGUCAGCGAGCGGCGAUGGAGACGGAGGGGGAUGGUGGUAUGAAUAGAAGGGAGCGAAGACGCAGGGAAAGAGCGGGCGAGUCGACGGAGGAAUGA